CUCUUAGGAAGAACUACUUAGCAGUGUGUUCAACUCUUACUUUGGAUACGAUUUCUUGUCAAUAGUCUUUUUGAGGCUUUUUAUCCUUAUAUUCGUACUGGCAACUUGAACUUGGUGUUGAACAAAAGAAAUGGAAGAUUUAUCGUCUCGCUGCGGCUGCAUAUCGUCCAUCUGUUCUUUCCGGUCGUCUUUGCUUUUCGCCGUGCUCUUUUCUUCGUUGCCUACUGUGCCUGCGGGAGAAAUCUGUGCGAGUUGGACAAGCCCUGUAUUUCAGAAUUGGGAUACGUGCUGCGUCCGGGGUCUGGCAAUCCCGAGUUGUGACCCCGAAAAUUGCUGCUCAACGACGGUGGAAAGUCCGGUAAACGAUUACGAGGCGCCAGGACUACGACACGUGAAUGGGGUUGUAGGUACCUCCGCACAUGAUCAUACGACCGGAGCAGAAGAAGCAAAAAAUCUGCAUCAUGGCAGCGCUGCUGGAAGCACCAACAGCGAUGAAGAUCUACUUGCGCGACAACGAAGUGAAAGUGACAUCCCCAUCGUGCAGGAACGUUUAUGGCGCCAGACCCUCGGCAAGCCGAGUAAAGAGUUCAAGGACAUCGAGCCCCUUCUUCCCGCGAUUAUCUGGACGGUACUGGAGGGGCUCAAUAGCACUCUCUUGGCAAAUGAUCCCCCGACUCGGGAAGCAACGACAUCACGGGAAGACAGCGAAGAAAGUUCUAUUGGACCGGCUAGGCGGACAAAGAAUCCACCACCUGUAGUCCCUGUAGUGAUCGAAAUGAUUGACGUGGGGGUUUUUCAAGGUGAUGUAUCCAGUUUGUUCAUGCAGCUCUUUGACUACCUUGCGAACAGCUUUUUCGAGGGCGGAAAGAAGAUUUCGGAGGUGACUGAAACGGGAGAAGUAGGACAAGAAAUAAACUUCCUUCCCGUUCUGCAAGAGGUGGAUAAAGACACAACCGUCGUGACGUUGACACGUGCUGCAGCAAGUGGACCCCCCGUUGAGGAUGGUGGAACGUCGGACCGGGCAGAGGACGAGGUACUAGCGAAACAAUCCGGUCGUGAAAGACUAGGCCAGGAGGAGAUCAUCCCCAUGAACAAGUACAACAGAGUACCAAAGCUGCGGGUGUCUUGUUUUGAGCCGUCGGUGGUUCGUGGGAAGGGCUUACUCGCACAAUUUUAUCACAACCGCGUCGAGCAGCAGACAAACGCGACCGCAACACUCGCGAGAGCCCGAGCUAUGGCAAAUGCUCACCAGAAGUCGCAGUCCUCCGCCGGUCGCUCCCCCUGGACGCAAAAAAUUAUGGACCAGGCCUUCUACAACAACCUCAUGAGCGGCUUCCGGAGGCGCGAACUCCCGGCGUCCCUAGACCGGUUGACCGUGUUUCGCAAGGGCGUCGGUGAGCUGCAGGAACUGGGCCAAACCCUGUAUUGCGAUGGCAUGGAGGUAGGAAGCCUGGUCGCUCAUGGUCUGUGCCACGGGACCGGCGUCGGAAACGAGGAAGUGGACAUCGUGACGCUUGAUUCGGUGUUCUUCCGAGGAUGUAACAAGAGUGGUGAGCAGGAAAUAUCCCGUGAGGAUGAAGAAACGCUGCAGGAGAGCUUUGUGAUGAAGAGCCGGAAAAAAACUACAGAAUCUUCGAACCCGGUGGAUCCUCGUGGAGCUGCGGCUCCGCGGUCGUUCUCUGGAAAAAUGAAGAAUACCGUCGCGUUCCUGAAAGUAGACGCCGAGCGGAACGACUUCGCAGUUUUGCGCGGAGCAAGCGAGAUGCUGCGGGCCAAGCAGAUACAAUUCCUGGCGUUCGAAAAGUAUGGGAGCGAUCUUAUAACCCGCUCAGGUGUUUUUACAAUCUCAAACGUUCCAAUGGAGUCUGACCUUUGUGUUGCAUGACGAGCAUGACAGACUCGCAGAGCGUUACACUUGCUGCAAUACAAAUUUCGCCUGAUUGUAGUGGGGUUUGGAACUCCAGCUCCCGAGCUUGUCAUGCGCAAUCCUGUGAGAAAGAAAAAGAAUUGGCUAGAUCAUGCGCUCCUGCAUCACUGAUUUCCAUAUUUAUUAUAUGGUAGCCGAUUUGAGAUUGUAACACCUGAGCAGGUUAUAGAGCUGAACGCCGACGGUGUCGUGCAAUGGCUGUUUGAAGAACACGGCUACUUAUGUGCCCGGAUCUUGCACUCAGCGCUGCUGUUUCUAUCUGGGCCAUUCGCCGCGGAUGCUGCUGAAAGAGCAAGAUCAAGCCCGUCGCAUACAGUAAUUAGUGCUGGUCCGGAGCGCUCAAAAGCAAGUUUAUCCACAAACUCGCCCAGCAACGACGAUGCAACAAAUCCAGUGAGAGCCAAGCGACUUUCGUACCUCGAAGUGGAGUAUGCAUUGCAAAUAUGUCAUCUGCGUCUGGAAGAGCGCGAACUUCUGAUGCGCAUUUCAAAUGACACAAACCUCUGGCAUGCAUGUUGACAGCAGAAGUUGCCCACUUCUUAUCACCGAAGGCGGGGGUUUGCUUACGCGGAUUGAGGCAUUAAGAAACGAUAACGAAACCUCCUCAAAGCCUGUCAUGCUAGGGCUGGCGUGCCAGACGAGACCUGCUAGCUUGCUCGAGCACGAAGAGCAUGACAGACAUCUGUAUUCCUCCAGACCCAGACACAUUUGCUGCAUUUGAUAUGUGGGAGCGCUACGGGGAAGACAUUGCCGCGCACCUCUGGUUAUCAGCUGGAAAAAAUACGUCUAGGUCUGGAAGGCUGUAUAGUUGUCAUGCCAAAUUGAAAUUUCGAGUACUGCAAAAUAAACGCCAAAAAUUAAAAGCUCCCAACUUCUUGGCAGGCAGAAGGCGGAUUUCUCAUGCGGCAAAGGCACGAGGAAGUUCUUGCAAAAUGACCUGUCCUGCUCCUGUGUGCAUUGCGGACCUCACCAUGCGCGUGGUCCGCGAGCAGGUGCACGACAAAUCUUGCAUUCUUCCAGACCCAGACAUAUUUGCACUGGAUACUGGUUGGCAACCGGUGCAGACCACGUCGAGGGGCGAAUCAGCGUCGAGGAAGUCAUUGGGGAAGACACGCGCUCUUACAAUAUCUUGUGUUCGCACGACUUGCAGGGGCUGCAACGGGUGCAAGAUCUGUACACCAGCGACCCGCUACUGCAGCAGCAGCACACGAGGACACAACCGCAGGAGUCACUUUCUUCCUCACGCAAAAUCGCGAACUGGCUGCGGACCACCGUUCUACCGGAAACCGUCGCAAAACAGGCCGCAGCGGAGGCACCCAGUACAGCGCUCGCCACUCUUCUGCGUAUUGGGUCCCGUGCUAAUAUUCGUUCCUGGGGCGACGAAUUUCGUGCGCGGCACGCUUCUUUGCAUGGAUGGAGCGUGACCGGCGCAGUGACAAUGGUUGACACAAAAGCGUCGAAAAGUGAGGCGUCGUCUUUCGGUUCUCUUUUCGUCACUUCUGCGGCCUCACUUGGGCUUCCGCCGUUUGCUAUGGAGAGGUAUUUCCAUUUGCCUUCAGCACUGCUGGGCUGCAAUCUUACCCAGGGCGCGGAACUGCUGGACCGCCCACCCGAAGUUUACACCAGUCCUGCCUUGGGGCAUGCGCUGCUGGACUGCACCAAUGACGACGUGCUGAGGCUUGCGCGCCACUACCAUCUCCGGGCCUGGCACCUGUUUGAGGAAAACCAAAGCAGCCACGCGCUCUGGCUGGUAUGCGCAGCGGAGCGGCUUUUUUCUCGGGUCGUUCCGGGGUCACUUUCGGUGCUUGCGGAGGUACUGUCGCUGCGAUACGUGCAUGCGAAUGCGGGGAACCCCACUUCAUUCUGUGAUCGUGCGGGAACGAACCCGCCUGCUCAGAAAUACCAAACUUUUGGGUCAGUUUUUGAUCUGCGCGCCAUUUGGAAGCAUGAGUAUAGCAAAAUUACAGAGAUGUAAAUUGAAAUUUUACGUUUCGUCUUUCGCGCCAUCUUUCCAGCCGAGAGGCUAUGACUACGUUUCUCGUCGCGUUUCGAUGCAACAAGUCGUAGUUUCCUGGAUAAUUUUUCCCGUCGCAGUUGGCAGGGGGUGCAGCGAUCGACUCUCAUCUACGUGUGUUCGUCUAGUAUUACAUCUAAAUGAAGCUCUCCAGAACUCUAACUCAUUCAAUCACCAAGAUGGAUC